AUGGCUGGUUUCGACGCUGGUGCAGUGUAUCGUUCUGACAGUCUUUUUCCGCAGUCAGUUGAUCAAGACAUUUUUGCAGACUAUCAGCAGGCUAAGAGGAAGUUUAAGGACUUUCUGCGGCAGUACAACGUUGGUGGGUUGUCAUUCACAUACAGAGAUCAGCUUAAGCGGAAUUGCACACUUAAGAACUACAAUCUUUUGAUAAAACUUCAGGAUUUGAAUAAUUUUGACAGUUACCUUGCACAAGUCCUUAUUCAGCAUCCUUCUGAUUACAUUAUUUUCUACGAGGAAGCUGCAUCCGAACUUGCAGCAGAGAUCAUGAAAUCUUCUCUCUCUUCGAGUGAGGCUUUUGCGUCUAUUCAGCUUCUUUUGGAGUGGGAAGCAUCUCCUAUUAACAUAAGGGAACUCCAUUCUGAACUAGUUUCAAAGUUGGUGAAAAUAACUGGAAUUGUCGUAUCGGCUUCUAGUGUGAAAUCCAAGGCCAUUCGUCUCACUCUGCAAUGUCGCGGGUGUCGGCAAUUUUUGCCAAAUAUUCGUGUCCGGCCUGGUUUUGAAGGUUAUAUGCUACCACGAAAGUGCUCUUCGGCACACGGUGGGGGUGCUGCUGUUCCCUGUCCUGUAGACCCAUAUUUCAUUGUUCCUGAUAAAUGUCAAUGUGUUGAUUAUCAAGUCUUGAAGCUACAGGAGUCACCGGAUUCUGUUCCUCAGGGCGAGAUGCCUCGGCACAUGCAACUCUACUGUGACAGGUACCUGGUAGAACAGGUUGCUCCUGGUAACAGAAUUACUGUUGUUGGAGUCUAUUCCAUACAAACUUCGGCGUCUACUAAGACGAAAUCGAACGCACACGAACGCGUUAAUGUUGGGGUUCGGAUGUCUUAUAUUCGCGUUUUUGGUCUCUCUAUAAAUACUGAAGGUCCGGGUCGAAGUGGCGUGUUUUCAGGUGGCAAACCGUUGAAUACUACGAACACCACUAACACUGAGCUAGAGGAGGAGGAGAUGCGCAAGCUAGCUGGCACUCCCAACAUUUACGAGCUCGUUGCUCGUAGCAUCGCGCCAUCUAUUUAUGGUAGUCUUGAUAUUAAAAAAGCAAUUGCCUGUCUUCUCUUCGGCGGUUCCCGUAAGCGUCUUCCUGAUGGACUCUGUCGGCGCGGUGAUAUCAAUCUUCUUCUUCUGGGUGAUCCGGGUACUGCGAAAUCACAGCUGUUGAAAUUUGUCGAGAGAUGUGCACCUGUUGGUGUCUACACUUCUGGCAAGGGCAGCUCUGCAGCUGGUCUAACUGCUUCAAUUGUUCGUGAUCCUUCAUCUCAUAAUUUCGUCAUGGAGGGUGGUGCGAUGGUACUAGCUGACGGUGGUGUAGUGUGCAUUGACGAGUUUGACAAGAUGCGCGAAGAUGAUCGCGUAGCUAUCCAUGAGGCAAUGGAACAGCAGACUAUUUCUAUUGCUAAGGCGGGUAUCACUACUUCACUCAACAGUCGUUGCUCUGUCCUUGCAGCAGCUAACAGCGUCUAUGGUCGUUGGGAUGACACCAAAGGAGAAAGCAAUAUCGACUUCAUGCCUACCAUUCUUUCUCGUUUUGAUAUGAUUUUUGUCGUUCGUGAUGAACAUGAUGCUGCUCGGGAUAGUGCUUUGGCUCAUCAUGUCAUACAGGUUCAUCUGCACGGCAAUGACAUGACGAGCAACACGGAGGCUGGGGAGGACAGCUUAACGUCGGAAGAAAUACCGCUCUCAAAGUUGCGUCGUUUCAUUGCAUUCGCACGUGAGCACUGCGGUCCCCGACUCUCUCCAGCAGCAGCGGAAAAGCUGGUCAAUCAAUAUGUGCUUAUGCGCUCAGGUGCAAAUCGUCUCGAACAGCAGAGCGGAAAACGCACUGCUAUUCCUAUAACCGUUCGUCAACUCGAGGCCAUCGUUCGAAUUUCUGAGGCUCUCGCAAAAAUGAGACUGGAUGCUUUUGCGACUGAGUCGGAUGUGGACGAAGCACUGCGACUCUUCCGGGUUUCCACGUUGGAAGCCUUUAUGACAGGGAGUCUGGAGGGCGCUGAGGGUUUUACAAGCCAAGAAGAACAUGACCUUGUGCUGAGGGUUGAGAAGCAGUUAAAGAAGCGCUUCGUUAUUGGCUCGCAGGUCUCAGAGCACGCAAUCUUACAGGACUUUACACGUCAGGGUUUCCCUGAGAGGACGGUGAUGAAGGUACUCCACUACAUGAUUCGUCGCGGAGAGGUUCAAUACAGGAUGCAGCGCAGAAUUCUGUAUCGAAUGAAGUGA